AUGGAUAUAGAGAGAAAUUAUUUGGCUGAGCCAUAUGCUGAUGUAGAAAAAAUAAUAAGUAAAGCUGCUCAGGAAGGUAUCGGUAAAACUGAUAGCUGCUUAAUCGCUAUGAUGCUUGAUAAAUACAACUUUACAAAUGUACAUUUAAUCAAGGAAUUGAUUAAUAAUAUUUGUUAAUUUAAAGACUAAAUUGUAGCAAAAUAUACGGAAAAGGGGCUGGGUAUUUACAUGGUUGAUCUCCUUUUUGAGCUUUACUUUAUGGUUAAAUAGUAAAGAAUGCACAUCCUCGUGGCUGUCAAUAAAAUCAAGGAACUACUCAAUUCGAGUAAUGAACUACAGUUUCCUCUCUAAUAAAAAAAUAAAGAGAAAAAAAAAUAAAUUUAUCAUUAAAUAAUGCAAUUGAUUUAAUUAAACUGCAAAAGAUUCAAUCAAAAGUAGAUACAUUAUGAUGUCUUCUUGCAGUCUUAUUGGAUGUGCGAUAAGGUAGAGUGUCAAAGUAUUUUAAGUCUCAUGGAUUAGGUUUCUUAAAGCAUUUUUGAAGUAGAAAAAUAAGGCUAGAAUAAAGACACUCCCUAUAAUAAAUUUAAAGCUAUGACUAAAUUCGAUAUAAUAUACUUAAAUGAGUAUCUUUAACCAAAAACUGGGAAGAAUGUGAUCAGAAAAGAGCAAAAGCAGUUGUACCCCACUAGAAUUAAAACAGAAAACGACAUAGUAACUCAUUACGAUUUAGAUGCCUUCAGACAUUACCAAUAAGAUAAAGAAAAUGAAAGAAGAAAUGUAAAUCAACAAUAAAGAUAAGAUAUCCAUAGCAGAGAAAGGUAAUUCGAAAAACCUUAUGAGUAAAAUAAGAAUCAAAAACAAAAUUAUUUAUCAAAAAAUGAGUAAAAUGAUAAAAUUAACUAAUUAAAAUAGAAUGAUAAAAAGUAUUAGAUAAUAAAUAUUUAGAAAGUCUAAUACCAACAACCUUAAUAGUAAUGCAUAGAUAUUCAACCUCAGAUUCAUAAAAUUUUAAAUUAAAAGAAGGAAAGAGAUGUUUCUCCUAUCCAAUAAUAAAUUAAAAGAAUUCAAUCAGAAAGCAACUAGGAAUAACAGCCAAACACUCCAAAUUAAUUAAAGAAAUGCAUAUCUGAAUAGAACAAUUUUUAACCAUAAACAAAUCAAUAAGAUUUACAUUAUCCACCAAAGCAAGAUAAAAAACAAAAAAUUUAAUAAGAUUAAUCUAAUUAAUAAAAAAUUGAGAUAAAGCCUACUAAUCAAUCUACUUAGCCAAAGUUUUACAGCGAAGAAGUUGAUUCUAUCUUAAAGCAGAUUAAUGAACUCACUCAAUACGAAAGAGAUCUAUUCAUGAAACUAUUUGGCAAAUAUGAUGCAGGUAUGAACGGCUAGUUUUUGGAUGAUUUAAAAAAGAGGUAUCCUGAGAUUUAUUAUUUGAUCAAAUCAUGCAAGGGUUUAGAAAAAGUUAGAAAAAUUAAACCACGUUCGGUUUAGAUCAUUUCUUGUUUGAUGUUUUUAUACAAGCAAAAACAAAAAGGAAGAAUCUUACAGAUUAAUACUGGAGAAGGCAAGUCGAUUACAGUUGCUUUGAUGGCAGCCACCAGAAGUUUAAUGAAAGAUAAAGUUGAUGUCUACACAUCAAACAAAGAGCUUGCCAAGAGAGAUUGUGAAGAAUUCUAGGAAUUCUAUGAAGAGCUCGGUUUAACAUGUGGCUCAAUUGGCUAAGAAGAAGUUCGUUCGAGUGAACCAAAUGAAACUUACAAAAAAGAUAUAGUCUAUGGUGAUGUUGGUAGCUACGCAGCUGAUUUAUUAGGUGAUUAUUAUGAGCAAAGAGGUACUAGAUGUGGCAGAAUGUUUGACUUUGCUAUUGUUGAUGAAGUCGAUUGUAUGUUUAUUGAUCAACAUAAUCAUUCCACUUCUCUUGCUAAGAGUAUUCCAGGGUUGUCUAAGCUGAAUACUAUUUUGUGGCUUAUUUGGUACAAAAUUACUUAGAUGAGAGAUCAAUAUCUAGAUGGAUAUUACUACUUUGUAGAAAAUAAGGAAAAGAAAUACUGUUGCAGAGCUGAAGAUUUUAUUACUGAAUUUAUCAACUAAGUUCUUAUGAGUGGUGAAGUGUCUGCCGAGAUUGAUAAGCAAAUACCUAGUCAUAUGAAGUCAUUUGCAAUGUCCCAAAUGAAAGAAUGGAUUAGCAAUGGUUUCCAUGCUUUGUAACUUUAAAGAAACAAAGAGUAUAAAGUAGAAAACGAUAAAAUUAUUCCUAUUGACUAUGACAACACAGGUAUAGCUUAGCAAAACACUUAAUGGAGAGGAGGUUUACAUUAAUUCAUUUAAAUGAAGGAAAAUGUGACUGUAACUCCAAUGAACAUGACUGUCAAUUUUGUUUCUAACAUAUACAUGUUUUUACUCUAUAAAAGCAACUUAGUUGGAUUAACUGGAACAUUAGGCACCUUUUAAUCAAUAAAUGUUUUAGAGUAAUUCUACACAAUAGAUGCUUUGAAAGUACCUCCUUUCAAGCCUAGAAAAUUAUAAAUAUUCCCACCCUUGAUUGAAAAAACAACUUUGGAUUUCCAAAAGACUAUGAUUAACGAAAUUGGUCAAAAAAUGCAAUAAGGAAGACCUUGCUUGAUUAUAUCUGAAUCAGAAAAAUUCGGCAAAUACCUUUCGAAAUUGAUUUCUAAGAAAUUCUCAAACAUAAAAAUCAUAGAAUACUACAGCGGUGAUGAAAGCAUAGAAAAAGAAUAAGUAAAUGACUUUUGCAUAAUAAUAAGCACUAACUUAGCAGGCAGAGGAACUGAUAUAAAGCUUUCUCCAAAUAUUAUUAAUAAUGGUGGAUUGCAUGUAAUAGUAACGUUCACACCUAAGAAUAAGAGAGUAGAAGACUAGGCAUUCGGUAGAGCUGGCAGAUGUGGAUAAGACGGCAGUGCUCAAAUGGUGAUCGAUGGUUCAAAAGAUAGCUUUAUCAUAAAAAAUAAAAUUUAGUCAAACUUAAUAGAGGAAAGAGACAAAGUAGAUGCUUAGAUUUGCGAGAGAUAACUUUAAAAUAUGAAAGAUAUUUCUAAAAUGGAUGAAAUUUUUUGGGACUACUGCAAGACUCUUAACACUUGUGAAGCUAUUAAAAAUAAGUAAUAUAUGAGGAAGUAAGAAGAAGAGAUUUGGGCAACAUUUUAUUGCAAGAUUUAGUUCAUGAGAAAGGAGCCAGAGAAAGUCAGGAAAGAAUAUGCAAUUUUCAAAGAAGAGUUUUAAAAAAGAGUUAAUGAGAAAAAUAUAGUCAAUCCUUCUUAUUUAAUUAACGAAGGAAUGAAGUUACUUAUGGAUAACAAAUUUGCUGAGUCACUCUAAAUAUCAGAUGAAGUCAUCUAGAAAAAUCCAAAUAACUUAGCUGCUCACUACAUUAAAGCUAUUGCUUUGCUUUCUUUGAAAAAGCAUGCUAAAUCUCUUCAGAUGCUCGAUAAAUGUGAAGAAAUUCUAGCUUAAAAGAAUGAUUUGCACUAAGCACUGUAAAUAAUACAAUUAUAAUCUUAAUCUUUAGUGUAGCAAGAAUAUAACUAAGAAUUGCUUGAAUAAAGUCUUGUUUUAAGCAAACAUUUUUAGAAUUAAUUGCAAGAGUCAAAAAUAUUUAAUUAGAAUAAAUAUGACAGGAAGCAGCUCGAAUCUUACAUCACUGAGAGUGGAUGCUUUAAGAGAAUCAAAGAUGAAGAAGUGAUCAGAGGUAAAAUUUAGGAUUAAAUCAGAGAAUUGAAAACAGAAAUUAAGGAACUCUAUAGAAAUCCUUCUAAAAAAGAAAGCUUAUAAUUCAUCCAAGUCAACGAAUAUUUCUAAGAUGACUAAAUUACUGAACAAAUGCUUAAAGAGCAUUAAAAUGAGGAAAUCCCAUUUAUUAUUGAGCUCUUUGAUCGCAAACCUUUAAAGUGGAAAUCUCUAAUUCCUCUUGCAUGUGGUAUUUUCUAACUAGCUAACUCACUUUAUCUGUUACAAGCUCAACAAAUUUUGUAAGAUGGAAAUUCUAACUCUAAUACACCUUCAACUCGCACCUCAGCUGCUAGCUAAACUCCUUCAGGAUUGGAUUUGUGCACUCCUGUAGACUUUGAGGUUGAUCUUAAAUAUCCUCUUAUGAUUGAAGAACAAGAUAGAUAAGUCCAAGGAAUAGCUAGUGCUGUUAAAAAAAUAGCUGAUGUUGAAGGAUUGAAUUUAAAAGACUAUUUAAGCAAAAAAUCGCUUCUUUUAAUUGAAAAUAUCAGAAAAUUCUAAAUUAACGAUUAUAUACACAUGCUAACUCAAAUCAGUGAGUCUUCAGCUGACAGAGUACAAAACGAACUUAUGAUUUAAAUAAGUCUUAAGAAUGCCCUAACAAAAGAGGUCAUAAAAUACUCACCAGAAAUUACUUUUAUCACCUAGCAGAUGGCAUAAGAUUAGACAUUCUAAAAUCUCCGUUUGCUUUCAUAUAAAUUUUAAGAAAAUUGCAAAAAAAUAUUGGAGUAGAAUCAAGUUAUAUAAUUUGUUUCUACUUAGUAAAUAGAAAGCAUAUACAGAGCAUUCAAAAAAAGCUUUUUCUACUUAAGUUUUUCUUAAUUUUAAAAAGAAAUAGUCAGCAGUUUGUCAAAAAAUAUUUGUAAGAAUCACAAAAAAUCAAUUAUAGAAAACCUUGAAAACUUCAUUAAGGACAACUAUGAAUUACAAUUUUCUUCUAAUGCCUUUACAGAAGUUGUUUCAAAUUUAGUUUAAUAGCCUAUAUAUAAUUCUGUAAAUAGCACAAUAGAUGGCAUAGAAAAUGUAGUCGUUGAAACUAUCCGUUAACAUGUUCUAUGUUCGUUAAAAGCCAUGAUAAAAUCUGUAAAAACUUAAAUCAGAGAUCUGAUACUAUCUGCUCCAAAGGUUCAAGGAUUAGUAUAGCAAAAAUAAUACUCUCAUUUAGAGAAUAAACUGAAAAACCAUCAAAAAUUCUAUGCCUUUUUAAAAGAAGACAAAGAAUUAUUAUAAUAAUAUCCUAAAGCUAUCAAUCAAGCCAUUCAAAACUUAAAAAUACUUGAUAAAAAUAACAAUAGUCUAAUAAAUUUCUCUGAGACAUAAUUAAAAGGAGAAAUAAAAUAUUUAAUCCUUAAAAACAAUCAAAAAAUAACACAAUAUGAAGAGUUCUUAGAUGUAAUUUCUCAAGCUGCAAUAAAAUUGUUUGAAAAUAAUAAUAUAAAUUCCAAUUAAUUCAACUCAAACGAAUUCCAAUAAUAAAUAUUUAAAAAAAUACAAAUAAAACUUCUCAGCCCAGCCUUUAAGAUAGUAUCUCAUGUAUUUUAGCAAUAAAUAGAAUCAAAUGCAAUUUAUGGCUUAUUUAAACAUAUAAUACAAUGA